AAAAUGAUAUCGAAACGAAAAUUUACAUCUCUGACCCGGACCAUGACCCGUACGAACCAAGUUAGGGUUAAUUAUCAUACUACUAUAUAAAAUCUAGGGUUUUAUAUCUCCUCCUCCCUCUUUCUUUCUCACUGUUUUUUUCUGCCUCACUCACUUUGCCGUUGGGAAAGAAUGGCGGACAAGGCAGUCACUAUUCGUACCCGCAAGUUCAUGACCAACAGGCUUCUCUCCAGGAAGCAAUUCAUUGUUGAUGUGCUUCAUCCUGGAAGAGCCAAUGUCUCAAAGGCUGAGCUGAAGGAGAAGUUGGCUAGGAUGUAUGAGGUGAAAGAUCCGAAUGCAAUUUUUGUUUUCAAGUUUCGCACACAUUUUGGAGGUGGGAAAUCAACAGGAUUUGGUUUGAUUUAUGAUUCCGUUGAGAAUGCCAAGAAGUAUGAGCCAAAGUAUAGACUCAUCAGGAACGGGCUUGACACCAAGGUUGAGAAAUCCAGGAAACAAAUGAAGGAAAGGAAGAACAGGGCCAAAAAGGUCCGCGGUGUAAAGAAGACCAAGGCUGGUGAUGCCAAGAAGAAAUGAGUCUUAUGCAAAACAAAAAUCUCAUUUUGGGAUUCUUUGGCGGGGACUUUGUAUUCUUCUUUUGGUGUUGUGUGAGCCAUACUUUAUCAUUGAUAUGUCUGACUGUGGGGAAGUUCAGUUUUGUUUAUCCUUAGGAAUAUGGGAUAGAGUACUUGAGAGUUCUCAUUAGUUAGUGUUACUGUUAACUGUUACUAUUACUCUGAUAGAGUUCUUAUCUCCAGUGGAAGUUUGUUUGAAGAACUUUUUUACUAGCAGAUUUAUUUCGGUUCAA